AUGAAUCAGGACUCUGUAUAUGCUCCAGGAGCUGCUAUUGAGGCUAGUUUAAAACAGUUGGCUGAACGUCGUACUGAUAUAUUUGGCGUUGGUGUUGAAGAAACUGCCAUUGGUAAAAAAAUUGGGGAAGAAGAAAGUAGAAAAGACGAUAAGGCUACAUGGGAUGGGCACACCUCUAGUGUAGAAGCUGCAACUCGUGCAGCACGAGCUAAUAUCACUCUAGAAGAUCAAAUUCACCAAAUCCAUAAAGUUAAAGGUCUAAUUCAUGAUGAUGAAAAAGAAAAAAUUGGUCCAAAACCUGUAUCAGGUACAGUAACUAUUUCUCAUCCACCUACUUCUCAAGCCGUUUCUGUACAAAUGUCAAUGGCUAGUAAUAUGCAAAACGCAAUGAUGCACCACAAAUGCUCCUAA